AUGUCCACCAUUGCAGCUUUAACAAAACCACAAAUUCUAAAUCUCUACCGUCAAUAUAUUAGAACGGCAAAAGACUUUACCAGUUACAAUUUCAGAGAAUAUUUUUUAAGAAAGGCUAGACGUGAUUUUAGAUUAUACAAGGAUCAGAUUAAGACUGAAGAGGAUGCAUUAGCCAAAUUUAAUAUGAUUAGAGAAGAAUUAGCUAUUUUGAAAAGGCAAAGCAUCAUUUCUGAAAUGUAUACUUUUGAUAAGUUAGUUGUUGAACCAAUAAAGACACCUAAAUGA